AUGAAUUCAAAUGUAGGUUUUCCUUGUUAUUUGUUCCAGGCAAGUUUUAUUGCAAGUUUAAGUUUGUGGCUGUUUUCUUGGUGUUGCCAGUUGUGGUCUAAUGACACCAUUAUUCCAAUGCUGGUACUUAUGGUGUCGGUUUUGAAGAAAACUUGUAUGAAAAUUUGGGAAAAUGUGUGUCGCAACCAAUGCCUUGCCUAG